CGGAAGUAAAACCAUAAGAGCGUCGGUUACGGAUUUUAAACGGUCAGCUGUUGAAUGUGGAAUAUUUUGAAACCAAAGAGAUAAACAUUUAUUGAAGGAGUGUGUGUUGAGUGUGUGUUGAGUGUGUGUUUGUUGUGUGUGUGAGAGAGAGAUCUGAGUGUGAGGAUGUCUGCGGAUGAAGAUCAGAGUUUAAGUGCAGAGGAGCUGAGAAAGAGACUUUACCAGAGUUUUAAGAAGAAGGGAGUUCUGGACGCUGUGAAGACGCAGCUCAGGAAUCAGCUGAUUGUGGAGCUUCAGCGUGAAUCUCUUCCUCAGACAUCUUCUGAAAAAUCCCAGUCUCUCUCGCUGCUUGCCUCUAACAGCCUGGUGAUCCAGCACCUCCAGAGCUCCGGCUAUGAGUACACCCUGUCAGUCUUCUACCCUGAGUGUGGGAUCAGCAAGGAGAAGGUUUUUUCAACAAAGGACAUUCUUCAGCUUCUGAGAAUCAGUCCAGAAUCUCGAUUGUACAAACAUCUGGUGGCAGAUAAUUACAGUGGACAGAAAGGUUUAUUAAUAAAUCUGCUGUCUGAGUUCAUCGAUCAGCUUCAGUCGCGAGUGUGUGACGCAGACACACAGACAUCAGACACGUCCGAGUCUAUCGUGAGGAAGAUGCAGGUGAUUGAUGAAGAGUACGAGCUCCUGAGGCAGAGAGGACAGCGCUGGGCUUCAGUGGAAGUGAAACUGGCUGAAUACAGGAAGCAGAUGGAGGAGCAGGCAGAAGCUGAGCUGAAAUCCAAGAUUCAGCAUUUCCAGGAGGUGGAGAUUUCCCGGGUGCGGAUGGAGGAGAGGGAAAAAUACCAGCAGGAGCUGAUGGAGGUCAGACGACAACUGGAGAGAAACUAUGAGAUGAAAUCAGAGGCACUGAUGAACCGGGAGAAGAAUGCCAUCGAGAGACUGCAGAGACAGCAGCAGAUUGAGGACAAGGAAAUGUACAGCCAGCGUCAGGCUCUGCUGAAGGAGAUCGAGUCUGUUCACCACAGAGAAGCUGAACUGAGACAUAAGAUGGAGACCUUCCAAAAGUCUUGUAAGCUGCAUGAGGAGAAGAUGAGAAGUUCAGAGGAGCUGUUGAGGAAGAGAGAGCUGGACGUGAGGAAGAUGGAGGAAAUGUAUGACCUGAAGCUCAACGGCGAGAUUAGGAAGCAUCAGCUGGAGCUGAACGAGGAUUACAGCAGGAGGACUGAAGCGCUGACGGAAAGCGAGAACAGAAAUAAAGGAGAGACGGCUAGGAUUCAGAGGGAAGCCGCCAUCAUUGACGCCAAGAGAGAGGAACACCAACGAGUCAUGAAGGAGCUGGCCAGAGUGCAGGAGGAGCUGGCAUUGGAGCGUGGGAGUGUGUGUGUGUUAGAGCAACAGAACGCAGCGCUCAAAGAGAAGCUAGAGGGCGCUAGAGAUUACACAACCAUACGGAACGAACGCAUGGAGCUGCAGGCUGAAGUUCAUCUGCUGAAGAAACAGCUGGAGGAAAGUCAGGAGGAGAAACGGAGACUCCAGCAAGAGUUGAACACUCCCUCUCCAGAGCUGCUGAGGCUGCAGGAGGAGCUGAAAAGACUCGAAGCGGCUCGUCGUCUGGACCAGGAAGAGGUCCAGAACCAGAAGCAGGUUUUUCACAGCCAGCUCUCGCAGGAGGUGGAGCGAUGCGCCCAGUUAAAGGCUCAGCUCCUGGAGUGUGAGGAAAGGACAAGGUGGAUGUCCACACACACUGAAGACCUCAAACAGCAGCUGAGACGCACACAGCAAGCUCUUGAGAAUGAGGUUCUGCGUAAUCCUAAACCCUCUCUCGUGGACCCCUCUGUUCUCCAUCUGAACCCUGCGAGCGUGGCUAGCACCGAUGUUGAGGGUUACCUUGACCAUUUGUGUGACCCAGGAUUAGCCACCAGAGGGCGGCGGCACUCACAGACCGAGGGCGAGGAGGCGGUGGCUGCAGCUCUGAACAGGAUUCAGGAGCUGGAAAAGGAAGCUGAGUCUUUGGAGGAAGCGUACAGAAGCUAUAGACGGAAAGGGGUUGUGUCUCAAAUUCCAUUAAAGGCCACUUCCUCUGCGCCUGCUUGUGCACCUGUGACCUUUUUCAGGCCGAUAGCAGCGGCGAAAACCAGAGUCGUUGCAGAAGAGGUCUACACAGUGAAAGAACUAAACCAGCAUCUGCCAGGUCACAUGACUCCACCCACUGUGGGCUCUCCACCACUCAGACGCCUUUCAUCCACUCCAGUCUCCACCUCCAAGACCAAGCCAAGAGCAUACACUGAGCAAGAAGUGAUGUUUUCAGGUUUGAGUUCUCAGAGAGAAGUGUCUCCGAUCCCUAUGGUCACUUCAGAAGAAUACACACACAUCACACCACCAAGCAGCCCUCAGCUGAAGAGCACAGCCCGGGAUAACUACAGUCCAAAACUGCAAAUGAGCUCGUCUCAAGAGUCAUCGCCUCAGCCAGAAAAAAUCAGCAUUCAGGACCUGACCGCACCUCAAACUGAUUUCCCUGAUGGUUUAGAGCAGCACCAGCAGAUGGAGGAAACACACACACACAUGGAACAGCAUGAUGUGGUUCAGCCAGCUACUGGAAAGAAGCAAGAGGAGGAGAGGAGGAUGAAGGAGGAAGAUGAGAGGAGGAUGAAGGAGGAAGAGGAGGAGAGGUGGCAGGAGGAGAGGAGGCUGAAGGAGGAGAGGAGACUGCGGGAGAGAGAGGAGGCUCAGGAGAGAGAGAGGACAGAACUGGAAAGACUCCAACUGGAGCUGCAGGAGGAUCUUCCUGACCCAGAGGAGGAAGAGAAACAAGAGACAGGAGGAGCGACUGAGAUCCGAGACGAGAGGAGUGAAGUCAAGACAGAGGCAGGAGGGGGAGGAGAGGGGGAGGAGGUUCAGGAUGAUCCACUACACAGAUACAUGCUGAUGGUGAUGCAGGGGAGAGAGAGGGAGAGAGAGCAGAAGAAAGAUGAGUCCGAAAGUCCUGAACCAAUAGUGCUGUCUGACCAUAAGGACGACAGCAUCACCGCUUUUUCCCACGAGGACGCAGAUGAUUUUUGGUGAUUUGAUUUUUUUUUUACUCUUGGGCUUGUAUUAUUUUUUUGUACUUUUUUAAGGUCAUUAUUAUCUUUCAUGUGUGUUUUUGAAUGUUUUAAUAAUAGGACUAUAAAAUGAUUUUUUUUAAAUAGCUAUUAGUAAUUUGUGAUUUUAUAGAAAUUAUAUUUGUAUUUAUUUAUUAGAAUUUUUUUUAUAUAAAUCUGGCAUGUGUUUAUAAUAAUAUGACCAUUUUAUUAUUUACUACACAAUUCCUCUCAGUUGUUAAAAAUAAUAUACACAAAAAUAAUUAUAAUAAAUGAUGAUAAUAGCAAAUUAAAUUGGAUAUCUGCCAGAAAAACAAUUCUUUAAUGAAACAAAGUAUGGAAUUGAAAAGUUAGUAAAUUAUUUCUAUUAAAAGAAAAGGCUGAUAUAAUUAUUUGAUUGUGUAAUAAAUCUACAAC